AUGACCCCUCUCGAACAUCCGCCGCCCCCUAGACCGCCUCGCAAAUCUCGCCCUCAGCAACCCGCGGGACCGCGAGAGAUGAACCGGCGAGCCACUUCAUCGCUCGAGACUUUCUGGGGCUUCGAUCCUACUGAACUCGACGUCGAUAUCCUACGGGAUAUGAAAGACCUCUUGACCCCGUCCUAUCAGCAGAGGCGCUCGGAUGACCAAAGAUACGAGCCUCCAAGGGAGAGAACACUGGGCCUCUCGGAGCUUUUGAGUAGUCCGGUGGCGAAGCAAGCCUUCACGGAGGUCGCGCAUUUACCACCGCCGCCACCGCGCCGCGAGUCAGAUGUUGAGUCGCUCAGCUACACGACGUCCAUGGAGCGCGAUGUGGGAUCACUAGGAAGGCACCGGACAACGCGGAUGGAACGCCGAAGGCUCGGCAUGUGCGAGAAAAGGUGA